UCAUAAAAACACAUCUUUUAAUACGGUGGGGGAAGGAAAAAAAAAAGAAGAAGCCCUUUGAUUGGACAUAACAGUCUAAGAAUUUCAUUUUCAGUCAUAAAAUUCACCCCCUGUGGGGUCUCUCACCCUUCCCCCCACUGUUCCACCAUGGGAGGAGCCUAAGCUAAACACAAAACUAACCCCUUUUUUUUUUCCUUUCUACACUCUGUAAAACCAUGAAGAAAAUUCCAAAACCCAAAAAAGUCAAUAAGGGCAGGCCCUCAAAAAAACUUUUCUUGUUUUUUGGGUUUUCUUUCUUUUUUAUAACACUUACUGUACUGUAGACUUUCUUUUUUCUUUUUCUUUUUUUUAAAUCUUUCAAAAGAUUAUAGUCAAGAAUUGUGCAAUUCAAGUCUUGAUUGAAGAAUUCCCAGAAAAAAGAAAACAAAUGGCUCCUUUUUAGAUGUUGAUUUGUAGCAAAAGGAAGUGGAUUCAAUUCAUAUGGAUAAUCUAUGUUGCUUCAACUCUAUUGUUGGAGGACGAUCUUCAUGUAGUUCCGGGAAGGGCAGAAGCCAUAACGGCGCUGUCAAGUAUGGAUUCGCUUUACUGAAAGGUAAAGCGAAUCAUCCUAUGGAGGAUUAUCAUGUCGCAAAGUUCACGCAACUUCAGGGGCACGAACUCGGACUUUUUGCUAUAUAUGAUGGUCAUUUGGGGGACAGUGUGCCUGCCUAUCUGCAAAAGCAUUUGCUCCCCAAUAUCUUAAAGGAUGAGGAGUUUUGGACCGAUCCCAAUAGGUCGAUUUUGAAAGCUUAUGAGAAAACAGACCAAGCGAUUCUUUCGCAUAGUCCGGACUUAGGACGAGGGGGAUCGACUGCUGUCACUGCGAUUUUGAUAGAUGGGCGAAAACUAUGGGUAGCCAAUGUCGGAGAUUCACGUGCCGUUUUAUCGAAGAAUGGACAAGCAAUGCAGAUGAGUAUCGAUCAUGAGCCCAGCACAGAGCGAGGAAGCAUCGAGAACCGAGGCGGAUUUGUCUCGAACUUGCCAGGGGAUGUUGCAAGAGUGAACGGCCAACUUGCUGUUUCCCGUGCGUUCGGGGACAAGAACUUAAAAUUACACCUCCGAUCUGAUCCCGACAUACAAAAUGCCGAUAUUAACUCGAAUACUGACCUUCUCAUCCUUGCAAGUGAUGGACUAUGGAAGGUUAUGUCGAACCAAGAAGCAGUCGACAUUGCGAAAAAGACCAAGGAUCCGCAACGAGCGGCGAAAAAGCUAGCCGCGGAGGCAUUGAACAGAGACAGCAAGGACGAUAUCUCCUGUAUCGUAGUUCGUUUGAAGGGGUGAAUGAAAACCGAAUGCGACCCAAAACACAUCCCCGAUUGCGCAUGAUACGAAUCAUCAAUGGGAGUAAAUAUGAAUCAUGGUGAUGGUUCAGUGUCUCCAUAUACUCCUGUCUCCUUUUGUAAAAUUAAUGUUCUAAUGCGGCUUUCAUAUAUUGCUUGAUUUCUUCAAUUAUAGUUGGAAAAGCUCCAGGGAAAAUAUUUACAGUUGAUUUCUUUUUAUUUUAUAAUAUCUUAAUAUUUAUAGUUUAAAAUAUUCAAAACUUUUUUAAGAAUUUCAAAUUAAUUAGUUUGUAGUUAUAUAUUUUAUUACAUUUAAUUUCUUUAUAAUAUUUAAAGUUCCAUGUGA